AGAACCCGCCUUUCCUGAUUGGGAGUCAAGACUGUAACGACAUCGCACCGGGUAUCAAACCUUGUGAAUGCUAUAGUGUCAAUACUGUUGAAAUGCAUUAACUACUUGGAAGGCAAAAGUAUCUGCAAUAACCGCUGACUGAUCAUCAAUUUAAGGUACACGGCAAUUAGUGAUAGCGGGGCAGUUCAGCUUAUCAUUGAACAGCUGAUUGGCCAAUUUCAACCAGGAUCUCGUUUUUGUGGCUGUCUGACAGCAGGAAAGAUAUCUUUCCCCUGAUGACGAUGCAACCUGGCUUUCUCAACAUUUCCCGAGCAUCCACAAUCCUCAAGCCCCAGGACUUGUAAGUGUAACAGACACCAUUGGCCAAGAUGUGGCUUCUUGGGCUUCAGGAUGACGGCUCCUCGCUCCUCACGCGCUUCGUCCGCUUCUCAGGCGUGAUACUGGUUGCGUUACUCGUCCACGCCUUCAGAAAAGGUUAUCAAGUUCGCAAGAAGUUCCAGGCUCUCAAGGAUCAGGGCAUUGUAUGUAUUCCUGUCAUCACCACAUAACUUCGGUUUCUGAUGCAAGGGGUAGCCCAUUAUGAAACAUUCUAUGAUUCUCGGCCACCUUGAAGUUAUUGGGAAACUCGUCUCAACACUUCCACCUGAUGCUCACGGCGAUUACUUGAUGCUGAAGAUUCAAGAGAACUGGCGAGAACUCUUCCCUCAAUGCACAAAAUGCCCACCUGUUGCUUACAUCGAUACGUGGCCCUUCACGACCCCGAUGGUUAUCUCUCUCAACGCAAAUGUUUCGGCUCAAUUCACACAAGAACACUCAUUACCCAAGGCUUAUGAACAAAAGCAUGUUCUUUAUCCCCUCACAAAGAACCGCGAUUUGGCCUCCAUGGAAGGUGCGGAGUGGAAGGUCUGGCGUAAAAGACUGAGCCCAGCUUUCAGUAUUCAAAAUAUCAAUAGUCGUUUACCAGACAUUCUUGAAGAGGUGGAGGACUUUGCCAAUGUUCUCAAGAGCAAAGCAGGCAAAGACGGAGAAUGGGGCGAGGUCUUCCCACUUGGAGAUGCCACUGCCAAUCUCACUCUCGAUGUUAUCAUUCGCCUCUUUCUGAACAUUCGCAUUCACGAGCAGUGGGGAAGAAGCUCACCUGUUUGCGCCGCCCUUCUUGACAGCAUUUCUAGGCUGUACUUCUUCGUCAAUCCUGCCAACUUCAUCCAAUACUACAAUCCGUGGCGCCAUUUCAAACUCUGGCAGGACUACAGAACUCUUGUCAAAAGCUUCACUCCUGCCCUUCAAGAGCGCAUGAACAAGCUUCAGCAGGAUCGCACAGCGAAGGGAAAGACACUAGUCGAUCUAAUCGUACAGGCUCUCGAUGCCGAGAGAGCUGAACAGAAAGGAGCGGGACAGGACAGCAAGGACCAAUCGAACAUGGAGCUUGACGCUGACUUCCUGGAGAUGGCCAUUGGGCAGAUCAAUACUUUCCUCUUUGCAGGUUUUGAUAUCACUGCGGCAACUAUUGCUUGGCUUUUCCGCCUGCUCAGCGAAUAUCCAGAGGUUUUGGCCAAAUUGCGAGAGGAGCAUGAUGCAGUCCUUGGCUCGAAUGCCUGGGGUGCUGCAGAUGUGAUAAGGGAGAACCCACAGUUGCUAAACCAGCUCCCUUACACACUAGCUGUCCUUCGUGAAUCUAUGCGUUAUCAUACCAACGUCGGCUCAAUGCGUCGUGGCGAGCCCGGGUUCUUCCUCGUGGGUCCUCCGGGCACCGAUCCUGGAUUUGAAGGGAAGAAGCUGCCAACUGAGGACUUCAUUGUUUGGGAUGGGUCAUAUGCAAUUCAUCGUGACCCUGAGAUCUGGCAUAGAGCCUGGGAGUUUCUUCCAGAACGUUUUCUUGUCACUGAUCCGGAGGAUCCCUUGUACCCCCCACCCAACGGCUGGCGUUCAUUCGAGGCCGGGCCACGGGUUUGCAUUGGGCAACAUCUUGCCACCGUCGAGAUAAAGCUGGCCAUGGUACUGGUAGCGAGAUGCUUCGAUGUCGAGUGUGCAUGGGAAGAAUGGGAUCGCAUCAAUGGAACUACAAACUCUGAAAAGGCACGACCGACUGUCUGGGGUGAUCGUUGCUAUCAAGUUGGAACAGACUCGCCGCCACGAGUCAAGAAUGGUAUGCCUGUGCAUGUCAGAACGCGGGGACUGUAGGAUGAAGUCGACUUUGAGAAAAGCGAUAUUCACGGAGCGAGCAAAAGGCUGUUGCGCAUCGUGGUCGAUAGGCGCUACACCAGACUGGUGAGCAUUGUCAGUUGAACACUUACCUAAGUAUCUGUAGACACAGCAUCCUGGACUUGGUUGUAUAGGAAUAACAAGUGUAACUAAGCUAUACCUCAGCUCUUACAUCCUUGAACUGAUUCAGGAUACAGCGUGGUGGCACUGCUCCUCAUUUGGCUAGACCCCCCAGAGCAAUAUCCUUCCUGUACACCAUGUCCUCGAAUGACACGCAGUCGACACCCAUAUAUGCUUUGCGACGUGCCUCUUCAAGGGUAUCACCGUAAGCAGCAACCGAAAAGACACGCCCUCCCGCGGUCUUCAACAAACGGUCCUCCUUACGGGUCCCAGCAUGAAAGAUAACCACUCCCUCAGGUGGAGAACUCAAUGUAGCAACCUUUCCAGUUUUGUAGUCCCCUGGGUAUCCGCCGGAUGCAAUAACAACAUUGCAUGCAAAACCUGACUUAAUUCUGAUGCUGUUUUUCACUUGUGCGAGUGUCCCAUUUGUACAUGACAGCAUGACACUCGCGAGGUCG